CCGUCUGGAAACAUAAUCAGCCCCGUCCCUCUGCUUUUGUUCUUUCUCCGACUCUUGUCAGGCUGCGUGGAUUACGUCCAUCUUUCUAGCCUUUCCGCAGGAGACUUCUGCUCCGACGUUCAAAUUGUCUAUGAACGUAGCCAGCACUCUACCUUCGAUUUCCUGGAUCCCACGACGUGAGCAGAAUGUCCGACGGCGACAUAGCCGUGGCGAUAGCUACGAUAACUCAGUCAUUUGGACCCGAUCAGAAAGCGUCAGCGCUCACUCCACCAUUUCCACUAGUCACCUUCUUUUCAGUUCCUAAGAACCCCAACAUACUACAUUUGAACGCUCCAGUGAUUCCAGGGGACACAUCCGCCGAAUCACAGCGUACCACUGGAGACCUCCCUGCUUCGCAAUGGCAGAGAGGGUACGUGUGGUACUACUGGGCAAAGGAUCAGACUUCAGUACUCUGGGGCGUAGUCGAGGGCGACACAUCAAACCCUGUCACAAUCAUACCAGAAGGCAUUUCAACCAUACCUUCGGCUUCAGUACCCGUUUCUACGCCAGCAACGACUACCAAUGAUCCAGCUAGCUCAUCCUCUGUGUCCGCCGCUUCGAAUAGCUUGUCGCCCACGACGACUUCUUCAGCAAAGCCUUCGUCUGGCGGGCUUUCAGAUGGGGCUGUUGCGGGUGUUGCUAUCGGCUGUCUGAUUGCUGGGGCCUUGCUCGCGAGCCUCGUAGCUUGGUUCUGUCUAGGAAGAAGGAGGAAAUCCGCCGGCGGCCGGGACUCCGAAGCCAGCGCACUUGCACUCAUGCACCGAGAGAAAGGCCCCACUGCAAAAGCCGUUUCUCUGGAAAGUGGUAGCCCAAUCGCUUUGGCGAUGGAAAACGGACUUCCUCAGCCAUUGGAAGACAAGGCCAUCUCCGGAGAGAUCUCCAAAAUCAGCAAUCUGAUCAAGAAUCACGUCCAAAGCUACUAUCAUACCGGCCGAGUGAGCCCUGGAAUGAUUGAUUACGACGAUAUCCAAGCCCUUGGGAGCGAGCUGCCGGUAUCUGUGGGGACACUCAGUACACUACUUGGAAACGCAGCGACAAGAGAAAUUGCGCUCCGGUUCUGCAUCGCUUGGAUAGUUGUUUCUAGGAUGCAGCUUCAUAGCCCGCCUGGCACCAGCUUCCUUCCGCCCGAGGUUGCCAGCUGCUUCCAGUCGAUGUCUUUGGUCGACCGUGGCUCCCGAGUCCACGCAAUGUAUUUUGCAAAAUGGCGCGCUCUCACCGCGGAGCUCAUGCAGUCGACAUACGUUCGGAACCCGUUCUCCGCGAAUGACGCUCGGCUUCACAGCAUACAGUCAGCCACAACUGUCCUUGAGAACAUCCUCCGGCCCUUCGCUGAUUCUCGCAUGGACAACGCGCAGAGAAGUCGAAAUUUGGAGGAGAUGUUCAAGCGGGCUGCUCUCUUUGCAUUCACUUUGUUCUCUCAGCCUAGUGCGUGGGACUUUGACUGGCAGGCUGAGCAGGGCGUCAAGUCGGGCAGCUUGUGCAUCUUCCCCGCCUUGGUGCAGAUCGCAGACGAGAAUGGCGAGCCCGUCAAACCACCUCGUCCGUUCAGCGACGCCGUGGUUCGACGACUCGAUGAAUGAGGAAACAGAUAGUUAGCCAUCGAUUGCUUUUUUUCGUUCGCGAACCCACUAUUGCCCUUCCGCGGAUGGAAUCUCAGCCUUCUUCUGCCACAUGCCCGGGCUCGAACACAGCCUGGUACGAUGCAUGAUCUUAUUGCGGCGUAGAAUCAGGCGUUUCAGGUGAAGGAUUUGGGAUACACAAGCGAGGCGGAGUGCCUCUCGGUUAGGGGGUUUUGGUUGUGUAAGCACAGCCUCGUCUCACUGAAGUAAAUUUUGUCCACAUCCGGCGAGCUCCAACACACAUCCUGCAGGCUGCCGAUAGCCAGCAAGCGGACUGGGGCUGCGACUAUCCGUACCGCGGUUACGCUCCGCGGCU